CCAGUCGAGUCGUAACUUUCAAGGCAGCUAGCCGUUGUUGGUGCGGUCUCGCCGACUAUACGUUUACGCGAAACUCGAAAUGUCGCACCGGAGGCAAGUGAUACAAUUAUCAAUUGAGACAGUCAAUCUCGCGACAACAACGCAUAGUCGUGCGCAGGAAAAUCGAAUACAAAAGGUUUGGCGCCACAGUGACGGUCCGUCGAGGACACGGUGACGGUUAAAAAUAGUCUCGCCGUAAUCGUCGCGGACUCAAGUCGAUUUUUCGAAACUUGCAAAAUCAUUUGUUCAGUGAACAAAAAAAAAACAGAACAUCGUGUGCGUGCUGCAACGUUAAAACACACACGUAUAUAAGUUCGCUUGGUUGCGUGUUUACGAGCGAAUUAAAAUAGAGCCGUGACAUUACGCAACCCGACGCAAUGUUCGACGAUCUUGGACGUUUCAUUAAUGUGCUUCUUCUGAAUAACCGCCGCCGCUCGUCACGUAGCUCCCAGGAUCGAUCGUGCUGCUCACGAAAAACUUAUGAUAUUAUGCACGCAAGAAAAAUCUGCAAUAAAUCUUCCUCGAACGCACAUGUGUGUGUAAAGAAAAUUCAAUAAAAUACAUUAAAUAUGUUCUAUAAUAAAAACUUAACUCAAAGACUGUUAUAUAUCGCGAAUAUGAGACGGCAAUGUGCAGCAGUGUCGUAUCGCAUAUCAUACGAUACGUUACAUAAUACGCACGUCUAACAUAGCGGUAUCUAUCCACAAUCACUAGAAAUGCAAAUGGCACAUAUUUUUACAAGUAAAACAACAAUAAUGAAUAAAAAAUCGUAUUUUUUCGUCGCUCUAGUUGCGGCGUCGAUUUUCACAAUCUACUUUUACUUUUGUUACGAAAACUUCAAUAUUCAGAGCAUAGUUUUCAACGAAUAUAUCAGCAAAGACGUUCUUGUCAGAGCAAAAAAGUAUCGAGAACAAAACAUAAAAACAAUUCUUCUGUGGAAUUCGUUAUUCAGCGACAAGAACUUUUAUUUCGGCGACUUGAGCACCGCUUUUAGAAAUUGUCCCGUUGACAAAUGUGAAAUUGUCAACGACCGUGACUAUUUGCAUGUGGCGGACUACGAUGCGAUUCUUUUUCACGGCAACAGCCUGGAGAGAAACGACAUGCCGCGAAACAGAAGCGCGAAGCAAUUCUACGUGUACGUUAACUUGGAAAGUCCUUCCAACAGACCGUACGAUUACUACGAGGAUUACUUCAAUCUCACCAUGACCUAUCGACAAGACAGCGACAUACCGUGGACCUACUUCAUCAUAGAAGAUGCGCAAAGCGGUAAAUUCGUCGCGCCUUCGAAAAAUCCUGAUUGGAAGGUUCCUCGGAACACAAUUUUCGCAGGUGUAGAGGAAGCGGUAAACGAAGUGCCUGAGAUAUCGAACGUCGUCAGGAGCAAGAGCAAGCUGGUAACUUGGUUUGUAAGCAAUUGCCAGGCCAAAAGUGGCCGGCUGGAGUACGUGGAGGAGCUGUCGAAGCACAUAGGCGUCGACAUCUACGGCAAGUGCGGCACAUCCAACUGCGACAGAGAACAGAAGUGUUUCAGCGACGUAGUCGAGCCCAACUACUUUUUUUACUUGUCCUUCGAGAAUUCCUUCUGCGACGAUUACGUGACGGAGAAGGUGAUGAACCCGCUCAGGUAUAACAUCGUACCGGUGGUUUACGGAGGCGCCAACUACAGCCAGUUCAUACCGCCGAAUUCCUACGUGAAUGCCCUGGACUUCGACAGUCCCAAGGAGCUUGCCACGUACUUGAAAUAUCUCUCUCGGGAUCUGUCGCGCUAUCAAAGCUUUCUACAAUGGAAGAAAUAUUAUCGAGUCAACGGAGGAACAAAGCGAGCCGUAUGUACUCUUUGCGAGGUGCUGCAUAAGCAAAAAGAACCGAAAAUGUAUUUAACCUUAUCCGAUUGGUACGAGAAGGAGAAAUGUCCCAUUCAAACGCUUCUGCAGAGAACCAACGAUAGAUACGCGACUAAACGCACGCUAACAAAUCGGAACUGAGAAAAAUCCAGAUUGUGUAGAAC